AGCAACCGAACCGAGGCUGUUCUGUUUGGUCACACGUUUGACUAUUGCGAUUUGCCAACCUUAACAUCCUUGCUUUCCUUAUCUAUCUAAUCUAACUUCCUCAUUUCCCUGUCCUGUUUUGCCCGUGACAGCCUCUCCUCACCCCAGAUUUCAAUUUCCCUUCUUUCUUUCUGGGUCUUCAUCUGUUUGCCUUAAAACUCUUAACUUUCUUUUCUUUUUUACUUUUGGGUCAAAUAUGAAGAUGGGUGUUCAUCCAUAGCCAUUGAGAAUCCUAGAUUUGGAGGGAAAGAUGAAAGAUUUCCCUGGAACACCGGGCACUCUCCUUGCUUUGGCUCUGAGGAUAUCACAGUUCGUUUUUGCUGCUGGAUCAAUUGCUUCCAUGGCUACCACUCCCAGUUUCUUUAAUUUUACGGCCUUUUGUUAUUUGAUAGCUUCAAUGGGUUUACAAGUGAUUUGGAGUUUUGGGAUUGCUUUAUUGGACGCAUAUGCCUAUGUGAGUAAGAAGGUCCUCCACAACGCAGUACUGGUUAGCCUCUUUGUAGUUGGAGAUUGGGUAACAGCAACACUAUCACUAGCUGCAGCUUCUUCCUCAGCUGGCAUCACAGUUUUGUACUUCAAUGAUCUUGGACACUGCCAUUUUGGAGAGGAAUGCCAAAAGUACCAGAUUUCAGUGGCCUUAGCGUUCUUGAGCUGGUUACCGAUUUCAAUAUCAUCCCUAAUUAUGCUCUGGCUAUUAGCAGCAGGCUAGCAUACUCUAUAUUUGAAUACCAUCACGUGUUCAUCUAAUUGGAAAUUUUCUUUGGAAGUGUCAAUAGGAAAGGAAAUAGAGUACAGGGUUACACGCAUUUAAAACGAUUCCUUCAUUUCAUCUCCAAAUGUGGUAGCUGUAGAUUGUAAAGAGUAUAAAUGUAUACGUGAUUUUGCCUUGCAAAGAAAUUAAGUUACCAAAGUGUUAUGCUGAUUUCCUGUUCCUGUAACUAUGUAACUAGAACAAAGUUAAACAUUUUAUGUUUACAGGGAAUUGGGUUGCUAAUGCA